UACACAUCGAUUAUAUAAUCUCUACAUAGUGUACAUAUAUUUUUGUCUGCUUUUUCCUCUUGAACUACUACCACUGUCUUAGGUUUCUACUUUCUAGUGCGUGUGUCUGUGUGUGUGUGUGUGAGUGAGAGAGAGAGAGAGAGAGAGAGAGAGACUGCCCAAAAUUGAAUGGAGAAGAAGAAAGAGAAGACGAUGAUGUCUUCAAGAAGACAAUUGAAGGCCAUGCUUCGCAAGAAUUGGCUUCUCAAGAUUCGCCACCCUUUCAUCACCUGUGCUGAGAUUUUGCUUCCAACCGUUGUCAUGUUGUUGCUUAUAGCUGUAAGAACGAAAGUCGACACACAACUACACCCCCCACAGCCAUAUAUUAGAAAGGACAUGCUUGUGGAUGUGGGAAAAGGCGAAAAGUCUCCGCCCUUCAACGAAAUUUUGGAAUUGUUACACGCAAAGGACGAGUAUUUGGCAUUUGCGCCAGAUUCAAACGAGACGAGGAUGAUGAUAAAUGUACUUUCUGUAAAGUUUCCUCUGCUGAAGCUGGCAGCGAAAGUUUACAAAGACGAGGAAGAGCUCGAGACGUACAUACACUCAGAUCUUUACGGUGCUUACGAUAAAAUGAAGAAUAGCACGAAUCCGAAAAUUAAAGGAGCUAUUGUUUUUCAUAGUCAAGGCCCUCAGUUGUUCGACUACAGCAUACGCUUGAACCACACGUGGGCGUUUUCGGGAUUUCCGAAUGUUAAAUCCAUUAUGGACACAAAUGGUCCUUAUCUCAACGACUUGGAAUUAGGUGUCAACGUUAUACCGAUAAUGCAGUACAGCUUCAGUGGAUUCUUAACUCUUCAACAAGUAAUGGAUUCAUUCAUUAUAUUUGCUGCACAACAACAUAUGACAACAACAUCGUAUUUGGACACAACUUCAUUGUACACACAAUUUGAUAUACCAUGGAAAAAAUUUAGCCCUUCAACCAUAAGACUUGCCCCGUUUCCGACUCGUGAAUACACAGACGAUGAGUUCCAAUCCAUUGUCAAGAGAGUCAUGGGAGUGCUGUACUUGCUGGGAUUUCUCUUUCCAAUCUCUCGAUUAAUUAGUUACUCUGUUUUCGAAAAGGAGCAGAAGAUCAAGGAAGGUCUAUACAUGAUGGGUCUCAAAGACAACAUGUUCAAUCUUUCAUGGUUUAUUACGUAUUCGUUUCAGUUUGCGAUAUCUUCGGGAAUAAUCACUCUUUGCACGAUGGGAUCACUUUUUAAGUACAGCGACAAGUCUUUGGUGUUUGUCUACUUCUUCAGUUUCGGACUUAGCUCAAUAACGCUGUCUUUUUUAAUCUCCACAUUCUUCACACGCGCAAAAACGGCAGUUGCAGUUGGGACACUUGCUUUUCUCGCAGCUUUCUUCCCUUAUUACACAGUUGACGACGAGACUGUCUCUAUGCUAUUUAAGGUCAUUGCAUCUUUUAUGUCACCCACGGCAUUUGCUUUGGGGUCGAUUAACUUUGCUGAUUACGAACGCGCUCAUGUUGGACUUCGGUGGAGCAACAUCUGGCGGGAAUCUUCUGGGGUUUGCUUUCUGGUAUGUCUUGUGAUGAUGUGGCUCGACACUUUCUUGUACGGUGCUGUUGGUCUAUAUUUAGAUAAGGUCCUCCAUAAGGAAAACGGGGUGCGCUACACUUGGAGUUCUAUGUUUUUUAAGCACUUUUGGACGAGAAAUAAUCAAAGUGAACAGUUUUCUUCAAGUUCAAAGGCUACGUUAAUUGAUAGAAACUUUGAGGAAAACUCGAAUCUAUCUGAAAGAGAUCCAUAUAAACCAGUGGUGGAAGCAAUCAGUUUCGAAAUGAAGCAACAAGAACUCGAUGGGCGAUGUAUUCAGAUAAGAAAUUUGCACAAGGUUUAUACUUCCAAGAAGGCAAACUGCUGUGCUGUCAAUUCCUUACAGCUGUCCCUGUAUGAGAAUCAAAUUCUCGCUCUUUUAGGACACAAUGGAGCUGGUAAAAGCACUACUAUAUCCAUGCUUGUCGGCCUUAUUCGUCCGACUUCUGGAGAUGCCUUAGUUUUUGGCAAGAACAUCUUAAUGGACAUGGAUGAAAUACGGCAAAGUCUCGGUGUCUGUCCCCAAUACGACAUUCUUUUUCCAGAAUUGACUGUGAAGGAGCAUUUAGAAAUAUUCGCCAACAUAAAGGGAGUGAAAGACGAUUGCUUGGAGAAUGUUGUAAUUGAAAUGGCCGAAGAAGUGGGUUUGGCAGAUAAACUCAAUACUCUUGUACGAGCUCUUUCCGGGGGUAUGCGUAGGAAGUUAUCCCUCGGUAUUGCACUCAUCGGAGACAGUAAGGUUAUUAUCCUCGAUGAACCGACAAGUGGAAUGGAUCCGUACUCGAUGCGGUUAACAUGGCAGUUAAUAAAAAGAAUAAAAAAGGGAAGGAUAAUACUGCUCACUACUCACUCCAUGGAUGAAGCUGAUGCAUUAGGAGAUCGGAUAGCUAUCAUGGCCAACGGUUCUCUCAAAUGUUGUGGAAGUUCCUUUUUCUUGAAGCAGCAGUAUGGUGUUGGGUAUACUCUUACCCUGGUUAAGACAACACCGACUGCCUCCGCAGCAGGCGAUAUUGUGUACAGUCACAUUCCAUCAGCAACAUGCGUGAGCGAAGUUGGUAAUGAAAUUUCGUUCAAGCUCCCUCUUGCAUCCUCGUCAUCCUUCGAGAGUAUGUUCCGAGAAAUCGAGCGUUGUAUGCAAAGAUCGAAUCCUAGCUUCGGUACUGCAGACUGCUCCGGCGAUAGUAAUUUUCCCGGCAUCGAGAGCUACGGCAUAUCUGUCACAACCCUGGAGGAAGUAUUUCUGAGAGUUGCCGGUGGUGAUUUUGACGAAAUUGAGAGCCCCGUUGACGAUAAUAACCCUCUAAUAAUUACACCCGAUUCGGAUGUCGACCAACCUAGCCAAAAUAGAAUCUGUUACUCGAAAGUUUGCAAACACUACUGUGAAGUUAUCGGCUUUAUAUUCUCGACAAUGGGGAAAGCUUGUAGUCUAUUUUUGGCAGCUACACUACAUGUCAUAAAGUUUAUCAGUAUGCAGUGUUGUUGCUCUUGUAUAUUUUCGAGGUCGACUUUUUGGAAACACUCGAAAGCGUUGCUGAUAAAGAGAGCGGUUUCAGCUAAGCGUGACCAAAAGACUCUUGUUUUUCAGUUACUAAUUCCCGCCAUUUUCUUGCUUUUGGGUCUUCUUUUGGUCAAAAUUAAGCCACACCCUGACCAGCAAUCGGUAACCUUUACGACCUCACAUUUCAACCCUUUAUUAACUGGUGGAGGUGGUGGCGGCCCGAUUCCUUUCGAUCUUUCCUUGCUCGUUGCUCAAGAAGUUUCGGAGCAUGUGAAUGGAGGAUGGAUUCAAAGAUUUAGACAAACUGCGUAUGAGUUUCCCGAUUCGAGAAAGGCGAUGGAUGAUGCUGUUGAAGCUGCAGGGCAAACUUUGGGCCCUGUUUUACUUUCGAUGAGUGAAUAUCUCAUGUCCAGUGAUAACGAAACCUAUCAGUCGAGGUACGGAGCAGUUGUUAUGGAUGAACAGAGUGAGGAUGGAAGUCUAGGUUACACUGUUCUUCACAACGGCUCUUGCCAGCAUGGCGCUCCGACGUUCAUCAACUUGAUAAACUCUGCUAUACUCAGGCUUGCUACACUUGACGAGAAUAUGACAAUUCAAACACGUAAUCACCCCUUGCCUCUGGCAAAAAGUCAACUCCAACAACGUCAUGAUCUGGAUGCGUUUAAAGUUGCUGUUAUUGUUACGAUCGCCUUCUCUUUUAUUCCUGCUUCAUUUGCUGUGGCAAUCGUGAAGGAGCGUGAAGUAAAAGCUAAGCAUCAACAACUCAUUAGUGGGGUGUCCGUAAUGUCGUAUUGGGCUUCGACAUAUUUUUGGGACUUCAUCAGUUUCUUAAUACCUUCAUCUUUUGCAAUGUUUCUCUUCUUCGUAUUUGGCCUAGAUCAAUUCAUUGGGAAAAACUCUUUGCUCUCGACUGUACUCAUGUUCCUCGGAUAUGGAUUAUCGAUAGCGUCAUCUACUUAUUGCCUCACAUUUUUCUUUUCCGAACAUAGCAUGGCACAGAAUGUUGUCCUAUUGGUCCAUUUUUUCACUGGGCUCGUUCUUAUGGUUAUAUCUUUCGUAAUGGGGCUUAUACAGUCAACAGCACAUACCAAUUCUCUUCUCAAGAAUUUCUUCAGAUUGUCGCCUGGAUUUUGCUUCGCCGACGGUUUAGCUUCAUUAGCUCUUUUGAGACAAGGGAUGAAAAAGGGAUCUGGAGAUAGUGUUUUUGAUUGGAACGUCACUGGUGCUUCUAUAUGUUAUUUGGCUGCUGAGGGCGUCGUUUAUUUCGCCUUGACACUUGGUCUUGAAGUUCUACUGCCUCACAGAAACUUUUUUACGGCUUCUAAUUUAUGGACGAAUUUUAAAAGAAAAUUUUAUUCACCUUCGAGUAGUGCUUUAGAACCGCUUCUCAAAGGUAAUUCUGAUCUCGAGGAGGACAUUGACGUAAAAACGGAAAGAAAUCGAGUACUAUCAGAUGGAGUUGGUAGCGCAAUUAUCUACCUGCGUAAUUUACGAAAGGUAUUUCCGGGAGGGAAGCAGCAUAGUCCAAAAGUUGCUGUUCAUUCGUUGACUUUUUCGGUUCAAGAGGGAGAGUGUUUCGGCUUUUUGGGAACUAAUGGAGCUGGAAAAACAACAACUCUGUCGAUGCUCUCUGGAGAAGAACGGCCGAGCGAUGGAACUGCGUAUAUUUUUGGUAAAGAUAUAAGAUCGAACCCGAAGGCUGCCCAUCAGCAUAUUGGAUAUUGUCCUCAAUUUGAUGCUCUUCUUGAAUUCGUCACUGUUCGUGAACACCUUGAGCUCUACGCCAGAAUAAAAGGGAUCGAAGAGUAUGACCUUGAACGUGUUGUAAUGGAAAAAUUGGAGGAGUUCAACUUGUUGAAACAUGCCGAUAAGCCAGCUUAUGCUUUAAGUGGUGGAAACAAACGUAAAUUAUCCGUCGCAAUUGCUAUGAUUGCCGAUCCUCCACUCGUCAUUCUUGACGAGCCCUCUACUGGAAUGGAUCCGAUUGCGAAAAGAUUCAUGUGGGAAGUUAUAUCACGCUUAUCGACCCGACGAGGGAAGACAGCUGUCAUUCUAACUACCCACAGCAUGAAUGAAGCUCAAGCCCUCUGCACUAGGAUUGGCAUAAUGGUUGGUGGCAAGCUAAGAUGCAUUGGGAGCCCUCAGCAUCUCAAAAAUAGAUUCGGCAAUCAUCUUGAGCUAGAGGUGAAACCUAGUGAAGUAAGCCGUUCGGAUUUGGAUGCAAUGUGCCAAACAGUUCAGGAAAAGUUCUUCGACGUUCCUUGUCAUCCACGAAGUAUACUAAACGACCUCGAAAUUUGCAUCGGGGGUAUCGAAGGUAAUUUAGGCGAAACAGCUGCAGAAAUCAGCUUGUCGAACGAGAUGGUUUUAACUAUUGGAAGGUGGCUUGGCAAUGGAGAAAGAGUGGAGGCUCUCGUAUCUGGCGAUAGUGAUUCUUGUGGUGUCUUGGAUGAACAGUUGUCGGAGCUGUUACUUCGUGACGGUGGUAUACAAUUGCCGGUAUUUUCGGAGUGGUGGUUAACCAAAGAAAAGUUUGCGGUAAUUGAUUCGUUCAUUCAAUCAUCGUUCCCCGGUUCGACUUAUCAAAGUUGUGAUGGCUUGAGUGUUAAAUACCAGCUGCCGUACCAUGAAGACCUUUCUCUUGCUGAUGUUUUCGGACACAUGGAGAGGAACAGAAAUGAACUUGGAAUAUCAGAGUAUAGCAUCAGCCAAUCGACACUCGAAACUAUAUUCAACCAUUUCGCAACGAAUUCUUAAUUUUUUUUUUCUUGUUCUUUUCUGGGGGUGUAUAUUCUCACGCAGUUGAAGUGUAUUGUAUGUAAAAAUUAGAAGAAAAAAAAUAUAUAAAGAUAUAUAAAAUGAUCUGAGCUCGAUAGGCUAGGCUCGGCUCGACUUGAGCUCAAGCUCAUCAAAUGAAAUUAGCUCGAUGAGAUUAAGCUCGAGCUCAUAAAAUUUGACUCGAGUUCGAGCUCGAACUCGAAAAAUUUGACGAGCUCGGCUUAUAUGCACACCUACUUACAAAAUAUAUUUCUACCAA